GUCGUCUGCUUCGACUAACGAGAAGGUCACCCGUCACCGAACUGGAACAAAUUGUAUAGGCCUAUAUUGGUUCUAUAAACAGACUUUAAAAUUAAAAGAUUGUUCAGCGGAAAAAUGGAUUUCCCCAGUGAUGAAGUGAUCAGAGAACUGGAGAACAGAGAGUACAGUAUAGAGGGAUACUUCUCCAAGGCUGAGCUGGCCAAACUCUCUGAAGUGGAACUGCUUAGAUACAAAAACAUGAGGAAGAAUUACGAAAUAAUGCUGGCUGUUGGAUUACCAGCAGUGAUGCCUGAGUUUAUGAAGGGACCCAGAUCUCGAGCAAAAAGAAAACCAAAGAAAGUAGAAUCGGACAGCGAUGAGGAAUGGACGCCUUACAAGUCUGCGAGGGAAAAGAAACAGACAGUUAGAUUUUCAGUACCAGUAAAGGAGCAAAAGGAAAAAAGACCCAGAAAAGCGAAGACUGACAAGACAAUAAAAGAGACCAACAAAACAGAGUCACGUAAAUAUCCACUUCGAGUACAACAAAGACUUAAUUUUGCAAGACUUAAUGAUUUCAUUCAAUUUUAUUGGUGUUAUAUUGGGGCUGUGACGAUCACCCGGCUUAUAAUGAAUUGA